GCAAAUGCAUGUAAAGGCUCGAAGCCAUGUGAAAGCUUGGUAAAUAUAAACUAGUUGUGGCAGUCGUGGGUACACAUAUAGAAUUCUCGUUGCUCAAACUAUAUAUCGCAUUUCUUUUAAAUAAAUGCAAUCGAAAUCAGAGGGCAUACUAAACAAUAUGCAAUAUGUAUUAUAGUAUGUGCGUGUACAAUUUGAGCGACUGUUGUUCUUGUUGCAAGCGAUUGCGGUCAUUGAAACGUGGCACACCAGCGUCAAAGGAGACAAUACGAUGGAAGCGCUCCUUCGGACUGUAUACCAUCGUGCACUUGGCUUUGUUUUCCAUGGUUCUGGUAGCAAAUGCCUUGCCACCUGUAAUACGAGUCGGUGCAAUUUUUACGGAGGACGAACGAGAAGGUAGUGUCGAAUCGGCCUUUAAAUAUGCGAUUUAUCGCAUAAAUAAAGAAAAAAUACUUCUGCCCAAUACACAGCUGGUGUAUGAUAUCGAAUACGUGCCCCGCGAUGAUUCUUUUCGGACUACGAAGAAGGUCUGUCGGCAAUUGGAAGCUGGUGUUCAGGCCAUAUUCGGUCCAAGCGAUCCAUUGCUAGCGAGUCAUGUGCAAUCAAUUUGCGAAGCAUUCGAUAUACCUCACAUUGAAGCUCGCAUCGAUCUAGAAGUUAGUGUCAAAGAAUUCUCGAUUAACCUAUAUCCUUCUCAAAACAUCAUGAAUUUGGCCUACCGUGAUCUAAUGAUGUAUCUCAACUGGACUAAAGUCGCUAUUAUUUACGAAGAAGAUUACGGACUUUUCAAACAACAGGACCUUAUUCAUUCAUCCGCAGAGAUGAGAACCGAAAUGUAUAUAAGGCAAGCAAAUCCGGAGACUUAUCGUCAAGUUUUACGUGCAAUACGCCAAAAGGAAAUUUACAAAAUAAUAGUUGACACAAAUCCAACUAAUAUCAAAAAAUUUUUUCGAUCAAUUUUGCAGCUGCAAAUGAACGACCAUCGAUAUCAUUAUAUGUUUACCACCUUCGACUUGGAGACCUAUGAUCUGGAGGAUUUCCGAUACAACAGCGUCAAUAUAACAGCUUUUCGAUUAGUUGAUGUCGGAAGUAAGCGUUAUCAGGAUAUAAUUGAUCAGAUGCAGAAACUACAGCACAGCGGGCUAGAUUUGAUCAAUGGGGUCCCGUACAUACAGACAGAAUCUGCGCUGAUGUUUGACUCAGUUUACGCCUUUGCCCACGGACUCAAACAACUAGAUAGCAGUCACACAUUAACCUUUAAGAAUCUUUCGUGUAACUCAGACAGAGUUUGGAGUGACGGACUUUCGCUCUAUAACUACAUAAAUUCGGCAGCAGUUGAUGGGUUGACUGGGAAAGUGAACUUCAUUGAAGGGCGAAGGAACAAAUUUAAAAUCGACAUACUCAAAUUAAAGCAAGAGGUAAUACAAAAGGUGGGCUUUUGGCAGCCAGAUGUAGGCGUUAAUAUUUCCGACCCAACGGCAUUUUACGACUCCAAUAUUGCAAAUAUAACGCUGAUUGUAAUGACGAGAGAGGAACGUCCGUAUGUCAUGGUCAAGGAGGAUGCAAACAUAACGGGAAACGCUAGAUUUGAGGGCUUCUGCAUUGAUCUACUGAAGGCCAUAGCACAACAAGUUGGUUUUCAAUAUAAAAUCGAACUCGUGCCCGAUAAUAUGUAUGGGGUGUACAUACCAGAAACGAACUCUUGGAAUGGCAUCGUUCAGGAGUUAAUGGAAAGGCGCGCUGAUCUGGCCGUGGCUUCGAUGACCAUUAACUAUGCAAGAGAAAGUGUAAUUGACUUUACUAAGCCAUUUAUGAAUCUCGGCAUUGGCAUUCUAUUCAAGGUGCCAACCAGUCAACCCACACGACUGUUUUCCUUUAUGAACCCAUUGGCAAUCGAGAUAUGGUUGUAUGUGCUAGCUGCUUAUAUAUUAGUAUCAUUCGCGCUAUUUGUGAUGGCUCGAUUUUCACCAUAUGAAUGGAAAAAUCCGCAUCCAUGCUAUAGGGAUACUGAUAUCGUUGAGAAUCAAUUUUCGAUAUCAAACAGUUUUUGGUUCAUAACGGGAACGUUCUUAAGGCAAGGAUCUGGACUGAACCCGAAGAUUUCAGAUCGUGCACAAACCAAGUUUUUCUCAUUUAUGAAUCCGCUCGCUAUCGAAAUCUGGUUUUAUAUAGCAUUUGGGUACAUUCUAGUAUCCAUGUGUAUCUGGAUAGUAGCACGACUAUCGCCAAUGGAGUGGGUACGAUCGAAGCCCGCUUGCACCAUGGCCUGUGAUCAUAUGCUACGGAAAAUUCGUAAAGCGAAUAAUGCUUAUGACCAUUUCGAACUAAAAUUCAUUGAAAACCCUACCAAUAAUGGAACACAUAAAAACGAUGAUAAAAAUGAUGCUAACGAUGUCAUUGAUGUCGAUCUUGGCGAUAACUCAGAUUCUGAUGAUACUUUGGAACUAGAGACCGUACAGAAUAGUUUCACACUGAAAAAUAGCUUUUGGUUUGCAAUCGGCGCUCUUAUGCAGCAAGGGGCCGAUCUCUAUCCCAGGGCAACAUCGACACGCAUUGUUGGCGGCUGCUGGUUUUUCUUCUGUUUGAUCAUAAUCUCGUCAUACACUGCAAAUUUAGCUGCAUUUUUGACAGUCGAACGAAUGAUAACACCAAUCGAGAGUGCCGCUGAUUUGGCCGACCAAACGGAAAUUCAGUAUGGCACUUUGGAGGGCGGAUCAACAAUGACGUUCUUCAGGGACUCGAAAAUUGGGAUAUACCAAAAAAUGUGGCGAUACAUGGAAAACCGGAAGACCUCCGUAUUUGUGAAAACGUACGAGGAUGGCAUCAAGCGAGUGAUGGAGGGCAAUUAUGCUUUUCUAAUGGAGUCAACAAUGUUGGACUACGCAGUUCAGCGAGAUUGUAAUUUAACUCAAAUAGGAGGGCUGCUUGACUCGAAAGGCUAUGGCAUUGCAACGCCAAAGGGCUCCCCAUGGCGGGAUAAAAUCUCAUUAGCUAUAUUGGAACUGCAAGAGAAAGGCAUUAUUCAAAUACUCUAUGACAAAUGGUGGAAAAAUACGGGCGAUGUCUGUAACAGAGAUGAUAAAAGCAAGGAAUCGAAAGCAAAUGCAUUAGGUGUCGAAAAUAUUGAUCAACCUACUUUGAUUUUACUGAAAAUGGAUUCUGAAGUCGAGACAAGUGCAAAUGAAACCAAAAGUGAACAACCGGAAGUUGUUAUGGACGAUGCAGGUGAAAGAGUCCUGGAAAGGACCGAAGAGAGUGUUGUUGAAAAUGACCAGAAAACAACUACAACAACAACAGUCGUUGUAAUCAAAAACGAGAACGCUAAACCAGAUGAAGAACUUGAAGCAGAUCCCCAAACUGAAACAGAAAGCGAAACAACAACUACAACAGUUGGUGUAACCAAGAAGGAGAACGAAUCUGCUGAUGCUCCAGACAAGGAAAGCGCUUCGGCAACUGCAACGACAACAACAAUUGUUGUUGCCAAAAAUGAGCCGGAUCCAGCUGAUGCUUCUGAUAAGGAAAUCAAGACGUCAGCUACAACAACAACAGUUGUCGUCUCACCCAAAAAAGAAGAGGAUAUCGAAACAGAGAAGCAAAUAACCGUAUCAAAUCCCAAUGCGGAUGCCCCAAGCAGCGCCAAAGAAACAGCGAAUGAAGCUGCUGCCAAAGACGACUGUGAAUUCAGGGAAGGAGUUGUAGUAGUAGAAGAAGCAGAAGAAGAAGAGGGAGAGGCUGAAGAAGAACAAGAAGAAAGUGACGAUGAUGAAGAUGAUGACGAUGGUGAAGACUUGAAAAUCGCGACCAAGACAGAAGAAAUUAAAGAUGAAAAAGGUCAAUCCAAUAUUCCGGAACAAUCGGAAGUGGCUGCUGAAUCAACAAUAAGUCAGGAUGAGAAUGCCGUUAAAUCAAAUAAGGACAUUAAUAAUCAAAUCGAAAACAUAAUAUCUGAUAUUGACAUUAACAUUAAAGCUCAGGAGAAAAUAGCACAACUUAAGGAACAGGAACUUCAACUAAUACAAAAACAGAAAGAGUUGGCCAAUCAGAUUCAGCAGCAACAAUUGUUAGCCCAAAAAUUGAUUGCGGAAAAUCAACUGAAGGAACAGGAACUGCAACGGCAAAAGUAUGUGCAACAACAGCCACAGCCACAUCCUCAAAGUCCCCGUCAAUACACCGAGGAGAUAGAGCCCACAAUCAAGCAGGAUCGAUGCAGUACAAACAUGUUCCAACGCCAAGAAGAUUCAAAUAAAUUUCAGGAAUCGUGCAACAUAUCGAGGACAGUUGAUUUGCGAAAAAUAUUUACUCCAGCGACAGAUGCGCCACAAAUAUUGCCCAAGAACCGAAAACUAUAUGCCUCAUCAGCAUUUUAUUCGCCAACACUGCAUCCCACUGUGGAGGACCAAGUUGAGCUUGCUCGCCGAAUUUCGCAUUCAUUGAGCGAUAUAAGCAAUCAAACUUCUAAGGGUCAAACAAUGUAUGUGAAUCGAAAGAAACGCUCAGUUAAAUGGGUUCACGAAGGUUGUGGUCAAGGAGAAGAUGAAGAUAUCAUCGAAACGCGCUCUUUAAGCAAAGAAAAUGCGGAAGAUAAUUCGCUGCAGCCGGAACUAAUCAAGCUGGAUAAAAUGCCAUUAAAACUAGUCAUGAAUCCACGUGGACAAAUGCGUGACUAUAAUUCAUUAAAAGAAUCGAUCAACAUUGAAUCGGGCCUUUUAUCGCCCGACAAUUGUGCUGAGCUAAUCACUGCGUUGCAACUGCAUAAAGGUCGAGGAGCUGAGCUCUUUGCGAAACGUCGGAGAAAGGCUGACAAUUGGGUAGUCGAUGAGACAAAUGCCGGAAUUCACAGUCCAUCUGGUAUUCCAGAUUAUCAACAAUAUCAGGUCAAUAGACCGGCUGCUGCAUCACCAAGCAUCGUGCCAGCGUAUUCCGAUGCUGGCAAGCAUCGUGUCCAAUUAAAUCUGCAUCAGGAUCAACUAAUUGAGAAAUACUCAAAGCCUGGCGUUCAGGUGGUCAAAUCCCCGUGGGAGGCGGCUUUACAAACCGGUUCGGCAAGCACCGCAUUUUUGGAUCAAUCACAAUACAGAAGCCCGACACCCAUUGCCACCCAGCCAUCACCUGUGCAUUUCACUCAAGACUUUACCGAUUCACCUUUGCCGGCCUCAUAUGUCAACCAAUCGAACUAUACUCAGGAUUCGUAUAAAAGUUCGCUUGAUUCUCAAGCCAAGAGUCAGCCGAUUCAGCCCUCCAAUCCACAAAGAGAACUGGCAUAUAAGCCAAGUGUUGCUCAAGGCUGGGGAGGUCGCAACGUCGAACUACCAAGAGAGUAUUAUUAUCAAACCCAAGAACAACAGGAAUUCAUAAAUCAGAAUAUUCAGGAUCUAGGUACACAAUAUUAUUACGGCAACGAUCAGAUACUUCUUGGUCCCGAGGCUUAUGGAAUGAAUGCCCAAUUUCAUCAUCCUGAAUUUAAUUUAAAUGAUGACAUUCACAAGAGACUACUGCAGCUAGAACAAUUUCAGCAAAGCUUUAUGCAACAGCAAAUGAAACAACUAAAUCUGAAAUCAAAUUUCAAUUUGCCUCUGGGUAAAUGUAACAGAAAUAUGAGCGCACUCAAUAUAACGCCAACCAAACAUCCAGAAGUUGAAGAACCUGUGGCCGGACAAGGGAGUAGUGCUGAAGAAGUUGGUGAAUCAGUUAAUGUACGGGAAUUAAUAUUCUCAUUCGAGCAGCAAUCUCUAAGAGAACCUGACCCAAUUCAAAAAGACCAACGCGAAUUUCCAAAUGAUAAGAAACAAUCGCAGUUCCAACGUUUGAAUACGUCAAGAGAUUCAAUUAAUCAUAUAAUCGACGGAGCGACAAACAAAGGCUUGUACGUACCUAAGGAAAUAUCUUUGGCCAGCUAUGCACCUCCGCCUGUCCUGUCAACACCUAACUUCCAGAGCUCACCAAAGCCAAUCGACUAUUCCUCAAAGGCAUAUGAACCACCACCAUAUAAUAGCUUCCCCGUAGCGAAUCAAAAAUCUGGUCUUUACAAUUCAGUGCCACCCAAACAGCAGCUAUAUAAUCCAACUAGUUAUCAAAAGGUGCUAUCCGGCUCGCAGCAGUCGGGACCACAGGUCAACUUUAGUCCGUCCCCAUUGUCUUUCGAUAAGCUAUCGAAGUUUCAGGAAUCAUCGGAUCAGAGAAAUCAACGGCUUCUCAAUGUUAACAAACAGCCAGUCUAUAGAGGUGUGCAAAAUGUGUCUCCAACUCCUUUCCUGUCUGCUGGUACUGAUGGCCGUGAGGGUCGAUCGCCGAUUUCAUCGCCUACUUAUGGAUCGCAUACGUCGCAUAAUGCUGGAUCUCAAAAAAUGAUGAAUGGUGGCAAUCAAAGCUUUAACAACUGCGCUCGGGGCUGGAACAAAGGAUCAAACAAUAUCCAGCAGAGUGCCUACUAUCCAAAAACAGUGCCAGUUGCUGCAACAGAAAGUCUGCCAUAUUCUGACUUCUGAAUAUAUCGAUCUAAUUAAAUUUUGAUUUCCGAUUUCGAUUUACGACAUGCUCAACUGAUUGUUAGCGCAUAUAUACGAGAUUAAUAUUUCUGUUCAUUAUUGGUUGAUUGAUUGCGUUUGUUUUUUAGCGUCUAUUAAGCGAUAAUAUAUAAUUAUGAAAAACAUUAAACUUUUCAAUUAAACGUUUAAAAAAUUAA